GUGCUUAAUACAGUUCGAACCUCCUCUACCCGAAAGAAGACCGCGCGACCUCAACACUUCUCUACAUCUGCAAGGCCUGCCACGCGACCACCACCCACGACUCUGCAUGCACAUACCGGCAUCAGCUGGGUUCCACCGUUCAGGAGACGGCUGGAGUCACCACUGAUGUCGCAAAUGAUCCAACUCUUCCUCAUGCAACUCAACGGUGUCCGAAGUGUGGGGAAACGGAUGCGGUUUAUUUCCAGUCCCAACAGCGGGCUGCGGACACGGGGAUGAAACUCUACUACGUUUGCACAGCCUGUAAUAAUG